AUAGUGAAAUUUGGUAUCUGUUAUUUUAAAAAGUAAGCUAGAAAAUCAAAACAGCUGAUAAGUGAUGAAAAGUUAGUCUCAAAUAAUUUUAAUUGGUAUUUAUCUGAUACAUAUCGGAUUUAAAAAUGGCAGAGAUACAGACGUUAAUUGAGAUGGGAUUUCCGAAAGACAGAGCUGAAAAAGCUUUGGCAGUGACAAAUUACAAAGGUGUAGAGCCGGCAAUGGAGUGGUUACUAGCUCACGCUGAUGAUCCCGAGCCUAGUCCGGGACAUAUAGUUGGUGAAAACCAACCACAAAGCAGCAGCGAACCCCCUGAUGCGGCUGCCGACACGCAGUCCAAAGAGGCAGCCGAGGAAGAAGCGAAGUCAUUUAAAUGUGACGAAUGUGGCAAACUGUUCAAAAAUCAGGAUGAAAUGGAAUUUCAUGCUGCGAAGACGAACCACAGUAGUUUUUCAGAAUCCACUGAAGAGAAGAAACCUUUGACUGAAGAGGAAAAAAAAGCGCAGCUGGCUUUACUGGAGGAGAGAAUGAAACAGAAACGUAAAGAAAGAGAGGAGAGAGAGAAGGCUGAAGCAUUAGAACGAGAGAGGCUGCGUAUCAAAUCGGGGAAGGACUUGCAGGAGGCUCGGCAAAGAAUGCAGGAACAAGAAAUGCAGAAGCUGGUUGAGCAACGAAGAAGGGAGAAACUUGAAGAUCAACGAGCAAGAGAGAGAGUUCGUGCACAAAUAGAAGCAGACAGGCAGGCUAGGAAACAAGCCCUAUCUGGUCAACCGGCUCCGGAGCCAGCCCCAGCACCAAUCCCAGCACCAGUAGCAAGCAACCCCACACCCAGAACGUACGAUUCAGCUAGGAUCCAGCUCAAAUUACCCGACGGACAGUCAAUAUCGCACACAUUCAGUGCCAAGGAGCAGUUGGCGGCUGUAAAAUUGUAUCUGCAAAUGAAUAAGCCCGAGUUUGCUGACAAUGACAACUUCAAGUUGAUGACAACAUUCCCAAAGAAGGUAUUCACCUUUGAGGACUACGAGAAGCCGUUAGAAUGUUUAGGUCUUGUGCCGUCUGCGGUUAUAAUUGUGUCCAGAGGUAAUUAAGGUCACAAGUGACUUAAGUCCAUGCUAUGUCAUUGACCUUCAUGUAGGUACGUCUCUGGGUGUAUAAUAACUAAUAAAAUCUCAUUGAGCUAAAGGUAACAUUAAUUUAUAAUGUGUCUAUAAAGUUUGGUUGUUUCAAUAAAGAUAAUUAUUAAGGUG